AUGAUCAAUGAGAAAGCAGAGAACAUCAACCACGAAACUCACCAAGAAGGAGCAGAUCAACAGUCAGUGCUGUUGGCAACAGCACGAAGAAGAGCAUCAACAGUGGAGCUAGUGGGAAUUGGUGGAAUUAAUUCAGGAUACACCAGAGGAAUAGUUUCAGUCACUCUACAAUCAAACAGUGGGACUCAUCAACUGCAACUCAACGCCCACAUUCUAAAGAAGCUCACCGCAAUAAUUCCGUCAUUUUCAUGCUCAUCAGCGAGGAUCUGCUCACUUCAGAAUCUUCAGCUAGCCGAUCCCCAUUAUCUCAGGCCUGGACCAAUCGACAUCAUACUAGGGGCUGACAACUAUGGGCGGAUCAUCAUGGAUGACGUUGUCAAGUCAGAGCAAUCGAGAGUAGUUGGCCAACGCACAGUAUUCGGUUGGAUAUUAUCCGGAACAAUCGAAUGCACAAAUUGUUCAAUAAAGGUAUCUCUAUCAGCUGUACGAGAAUCUUCGAAUGAACAACUUCUAGAGCUUCUCCAGAAAUUUUGGGUCCAGGAAGAACUGCCAAACGAGAGAUCAUCAACAUCAGAGCUUUCACCAGAUGAGUGCGAGAUGCACUUUAGAGCAACUCAUAGCAGAGACAAUACCGGGCGAUACAUCGUGAGACUGCCCCUCAAAACUUCAGCAGCAGCGCUCGGAGAAUUGAAAUUCAGAGCAGCACGUCAACUCAAAUCGAUCGUGAGUCGACUCAACACAGAUCAAGCAUACUCCCAGUUGUACAGAGAGUUCAUCAACGAGUACGCAGCACUGGGGCACAUGAGAAUAGCACCAGAGAUUCCAGAACCCGUGCCAGCUGACUAUCUACCACAUCACGGGGUACUGAGAGAGGAGGCCAUCACAACGAAGCUGAGAGUCGUAUUCAAUGGCUCCAGCCACAGUUCAUCAGGUAUGUCAAAUAACGAUAUACUGUAUUCUGGUGAAAAGUUACAGAACGAUGCCAUGGUUAUCCUGACUUGGAUAAGGAGGCACAGUCUCGUGUUUGGCACGGAUAUUGUCAAGAUGUUACGCCAGAUACGAGUUCACCAAGAUGACUGGAAUCUUCAGAGAAUCCUGUGGAUCGACGAGAAUCAACAACCAUUGUCGUUACGUGUUCUUCAACAACUAGCAGAAGAUGAAGGGCACCGCUUCCAAGCAGCAGUAGAGACACUCACCAGAGGUCGUUACGUUGACGACAUUUACGGCGGUGCAGAAACAGAAGACGGUCUCAAGGAGAUCGCAACGCAACUACAAGGGCUUUGCCAUGCAGGAGGCUUCUCUCUACAGAAGUGGAGCAGGAAUUGUCCAGAAGCUCUGCAUGAGUUGGGCCUAUCAACUGACGAAGAAAUUAUCCAGUUCGAGGAGUCAGUCACCAAGGUACUUGGAUUGUGUUGGCAUCAAUCCACCGACACAUUCCGGUACAAAUCAAAGGAUUUCAAUACGACGACAAUCACCAAGAGAGUGGUCUUUUCAGAAAUAGCCCAGAUUUUUGAUCCACUGGGAUUUAUCGCACCAGUUGUCGUCCAGGGAAAGAUUCUCCUACAAGAUCUUUGGAGAUUGAAACUAAAAUGGGAUGAUCCUCUUCAAGAUGAGUAUGUUCAACGCUGGAAGACAUUCCGAGAGAAUCUCAACGACCUAGACAGAGUAACUGUACCUAGAUGGCUGAGAAUUUCAACAGAGACACUCAACAUCCAAAUUCAUGGAUUUGCAGACGCUUCAACGGUAGUCAUGAGUGCAGUGGUGUAUAUUCGCACCAAAACCAUCAACGACUCGACAUCAACAGUACUGGCAUGCGCGAAGACUAAGGUAGCACCACUCAAGCGCAUCACCAUCCUUCGUCUAGAGCUUACAGCAANUUGUACAGAGAGUUCAUCAACGAGUACGCAGCACUGGGGCACAUGA